AUGAGGAUGGAGGCUGGCCGUGAUAUUCCAAGGAAGAGGAAAUUAGAGGCACUCCAGGCGCGUGCGCCGACGCCUACUGUUGUGGAGAUGCCUAGUCCCGAAGACGCAGCGGAGGGCCAGGAGCCGCCACUGCCCAAAGCGGAUGGAGUAGUCGGGGAUCUUAUCAGCCAGCUCCCGGACGAUGUCCUCGGCGAAAUCAUCUCACUCCUCCCCACAAAGGAAGGCGCUCGCACGCAGAUCUUGGCCGGCCGAUGGCGUCAUCUCUGGCGCUCCGCCCCUCUCAAUUUUGACCACCGUUGUUUCUUGUUCGAUCGGUAUGUCCUCGAUAUCUCCGUGUCGCGGGUCCUAUCCUCUCACCUAGGCCCUGGCCGCUGCUUCUCCGCUCCCGUGUACCACCUCCAAGCCUCCACCGCCAACGCCUGGCUCCGAUCCCCUGCCCUCGACAACCUCCAGGAGCUCGAGUUGUGCAGCUUCGGACAGAGGUUACCCUACCCCCCACCAACGCCGCAGCCGCCACCGGCCAUGGCCUUCCGUUUCUCUGAAACCCUCCAUGUUCUCACCAUGGGAGAUUGCCACCUCCCCGAUGACACCGCAGAAGCGCUUCACUUCCCUAAGCUUAAGCAGCUCGCGUUUCAACGGUGUUUACUCAUUUCCGACAGCUUUGGCUUCCAUUGUGUCCGAAUCAACUCCAUUACUCUUAAAUGCAUUGGCGUGCGUGAUUCUGUAGAAAAGAGAGGCAUCGAGUUCAAGGAACUCAUCAUCGAGAAUGCCCCUCACCUUAAAAGGUUGCUCCAAUUUGGUCUGCCUUUUGGCAUCCAUGGAUUGUGUGUUGAUAGCCUGAUGACAGCGGUGCGCACUGUCAAGAUUUUAGCUAUCCAUAUGGAUACUCAUAGUUUGGACGUGGUUAUUAACUUGAUGAGAUGUUUUCCGUGCUUGGAGAAAUUGUACAUUGCGUCAACUGGAUCAGGGGGAAACAACUUGUGGCGCCGUAAACACCGAGAUUUGAUAAGAUCUCUUGACAUCCGUCUGAAGAAAAUAUCUUGGCGAUAUUACCGGGGCAUCAAGUCACAUGUUGACUUUGCCACAUUCUUUGUGCUAAGUGCCAAAGUACUCGAGUUAAUGAUUCUUGAGGUUCAUAAGGACGAUUAUAGUGAGAAUUUCAUUGCACAACAACGUAAGAAGCUUCAACUGGAUAGCAAGGCCUCAAGAGAUGCUCGGUUCCAUUUCACACCAGAUUGGCCUCAUCACAGCAAUUCGUGUUUUCACGUCCAUGAUUUGGAUCUAGCUGAUCCCUUUGAAAGGAAUGAACCUUACAAAUUUCGUGAAUAG